AUGCUGUUACUCUUUGUGCUCAUAGCAUUUCUGCAUGUUCAUGAAUCUUCACUUCAGGCACUUUCUGCUUCACUAAAUCCUGGCUGUUUCAACUGCUCUGAUGAAAAUAUCUCUGUAGUUUCCGUUGUAUACCGCGGACGUAACUCCUCUAUUCAUUUUAUCGUAUCUAUAACAAAUGAAAGGAGUGUGCCGUCAGUGUUUUUGGCCUAUAGCAAUGCCAACUCUUCAGUUCAGUUCGAUUGGCCUGCUAUUAUCGCCAAUAAUAAGUCCAGUCAGGCAGUGGUUCUUAUCAACAGCUCAUUUUACGGACUACUAUUUCCAAAUCUGUACCAGUAUGAAGACCGCGCAGAUGUUGCAGAUAUCUCAAGGGCUACUGGUCAGAUUGUCAGAUUUCCACUAACUCAAUGUUUCUGGUUUCUUUCGCACUGGGAUUCGGUGCCUGAUGCAUCGACAGGACUGUUAUCACUCGCGUUGCGUUGUAAUGAUUCAAGUCCGUCAGUGCUAUUCGCUAACAAAGGCUUCAUCGAGCUCCAGUUCACCUUUUCUAAGAGGGAUCGCUUCGCCGACAGCGCACCGCGUACCCUUCUACUUGGUGGAUUAGCAGUUCGGAUGAAGGUCACACUACGACGUCUUGCCCUGCGGUGGAAGGACACACGGUGGGCACUGAAUCUUGCGGUAGUUGCCAACCGCAGCCUUCCCGACACUGCUGCUUUUGAAAACUUCAUUUCAGCGUCCAUUGAUGACGAGCCAUCUCCGGGAGCAUUCAAGGACAUGACAAUUUUCCUCAGCAAUCACUCUUACGUGACAUGGAAGUCUGUCUGCUACAUCGACGAGACAGCAACGGAUUUGAAGUCCAGUCGAGCGAUCAGUGUGUCUACCCAGUGGUGUGUCGACAAGGCGACCAAUCGGUCCCUCACCACGUCCUCCCUCUUACCCUUCGUGUACGGACCCACCGAGGAUUCCAUUGCUGUUCGACAGCUAAAUAUCAGUUUUGGGGACACGGGUGAUGGAUUCUAUCGCUCUUCCAACUACAUUGACUGGACACUCACCUUCGCCUUGGGCACUCCUCCACCCAAGCACUACUCACCUCUCAUCUGGACGAUGCUCUUCUUGUCAAUCACAGUGGUCUCAGCGGCGCUGUGUGUCCUCGUUUACGUCAUUGGCUAUCACGUUCUCCGCCGACGUGCCAACAGUUAUGAGGAGCCUCUUCUGGAAGAAGUUGAAGACUUGGACAACCAAUCUGCGUAA